AUGGAGAAUCUACAUUAUGUCCCUGAAAUUUUGGAUCCAGCUAAGGAUGGUGCAAAAGAUGAUUGCGCCGAGGAUGAUUGUGAUGAGGACGUGAUAUUCGAGGAGGAUGACAAGGAGUUUGAAGGAUACCUCUUUGCAGGCCAAGAUAACGACACCGAAGAGGAAGUCCCACUCCACGAUGCAGAUGAUGACUCUGGUUCAAUCCCAGAUGUAUCUGAUCCGUACGACGCAGUGUAUGCCAAUAUGCCUGAGGAUACCCAUAUGUUGGAGCCUGUUGAGAACUGCCCGGAAUGCAACGCGAAGAAGUUUGAGUUCGAGCCCCCCGAAUUCUGCUGCCGCAGUGGGAAGAUUGAGCUAUCCACACCUGAUACACCACCCGAGCUCAUGAGGCUGUGGUCAAGUUCAGAUGCUGAUGCUAGGCACUUUCGUGCUAAUAGCAGAUUUUUCAAUGGGCAUUUCUCAUUCACUUCACUGUAUUGUCAGCUUGAUCGUAUCACCACCAAUAUGAGGACUGCUGGGGUAUACACAUUUCGUGCGCAUGGCCAAAUUUACCAUAACAUUAUGUCGUUUGGUAAAGAAGAUGGUAAGGAACCUAGACACCUGGAACUUUACUUCUAUGAUGACGACCCGAGCCUUGAGUAUCGUUUCCAGAAGUGCCGGAAGAAGUGCGUAGAGAUGGAUAAGGAGGUGAUUCAGAAGUUGGUUGACAUCAUGAGUGGCAAUCCGUACUCUGAACAUCUCAGGAGUUUCGGGCAGAAUGAAAAUCUUCAUGACUAUCACAUGGAAUUGAACCUUGAUCAGCGGUUAGACCAGAGAACAUAUAACACACCGCUCACAUCCAAAGUGGCUGCUGUAUGGGUAGAAGGGAGCGAGCGUCGAGGUCAAUUCGAGCAUAGUGUUCUCCAGCAAGGGAAGGAUAGGUCUAUACAUGGCAUCCGGUCAUAUCAUGGGUGCUACGAUGCACUUUCGUACCCUCUGUUUUUUCCAAGAGGUGAACUGGGAUGGCACAGCAUGAUUCCAAAGGCAAGUGUUACUAUGGAAGAAGUGAAUGACGCUCGUGAGAUACGCAGACAACGUGGGCAAGGUAAUGGUGAUGAUGAUCUAGAUUCUGCCGGAAAUUUAUGUGUGUCUAUACGUGAUUACUACUGCUACAAUUUUCAUAUGCGGCCAGGAAUAUUUAACCCAAUAUUGCAUGGCAAGCGUCUUUUUCAGCAGUUUGCUGUGGACACAUACGUCAAGAUCGAGAGCUCUCGUUUAGAUUACAUCCGUAAUAACCAGGAUCAGAUAAGGGCUGAUCUAUACCAGGGUCUUCUUGUUGACAGUCUUCAUGCCAGCGAGGGUCGAGCAGAUUUAGUUGGCAAGCGUACUGUGCUGGAUGAGAUCAGGAGUUCACUUUACCUGGGCCAGACACCACAGGAUCGUCCAGAUCUCAUCGCCCGGGUCUUCAGGGCAAAACUUGAGGAGUUGAAGAAAAGUUUGCUCGAAGAUCACAUCCUUGGAGAGGUCCAGGCCUAUGUAUAUGUCGUUGAGUUCCAAAAGAGGGGAUUGCCGCAUGCCCAUUGGUUGCUUAUAAUGCGCAACAAGUUCAAACUCACGUGCCCCGAGCAGUAUGACCUUCUUAUAUCAGCCGAACUACCGAAUAAGAAGAAGUACCCGGAGCUGUACAAGAUGGUCACCAAGCAUAUGAUGCAUGGGCCGUGCGGUUUGCUAAAUAUGAAUUGCCCGUGCACGAAGAGUCGUGGGUCAUGCAAGAACCACUACCCGCGCCCUUUCUGUGAGGCCACCUCGCAGGGCAAGAAUUCUUAUCCCGUUUAUAGGCGACGUGAUGACGGGCGUAAGGAAAAAAUCCGGGGCCAUGAGCUGGACAAUCAAUGGGUCGUCCCUUACAACCCUUACCUACUGCGGUUGUUCAACUGCCACAUCAAUGUUGAGGCAUGCGGGAGCAUUAAGUCUGUGAAAUAUUUGUUCAAAUACAUAUACAAGGGGCAUGACCGAGCGUCCGUGGCUGUGAGAGAAUCUGAUAAGGAGGACGAAAAGGGAAACAUCGACGAGAUCAAGCAAUACAGAGAAGCCAGGUGGGUUACACCUCCAGAGGCGCUAUGGAGGAAAUACAGAUUUGACUUGAGUAAGGUCCAUCCGCCCGUGAAGCAGCUGUAG